CGAUUCUCAUAAGGCAGCAGCGAGGAGUUUCUUUCUUUUUCUGCUUCUAACUCGUAUAUUGGUAGAGGUUUGUUCAUCUGGCGUUGCUUUUCUAAUCAAUUAUGGCGUACGAGUUAACUGAGAUGAAGAAGGCUGGUAUAGGCCUAAUUGGUUUCGGCAUUUUGUUUACAUUUCUUGGCAUAGUUCUCUUCUUUGACCGUGGUUUGCUUGCUCUGGGAAAUAUAUUUUCCUUGGCAGGGGUGGCCAUUUUGCUUGGUUGGCGUUCUACGUGGGCACUUUUCACUAAUAGAGCGAACUAUAAGGGCACUGCAUCAUUUUUUUUGGGUCUCUUUUUCAUUUUUGUGAGGUGGCCAAUAGUUGGUAUAAUACUUCAAAUAUACGGUUGUUUUUUUCUCUUCAGUGGUUUUUGGUCUUCUAUCAAAUUGUUCCUCUAUCAUAUUCCUGUUGUUGGAUGGAUUAUACAGUUUAUAUCUCCACCUUGAUUGUCACAUAUGGCGAUAUGAUUGAUUAGCUUACUGAGAUGUAUGUAGCAUGUAAUUAUGUAAAAAAGUUGUACUUGGUAGCAAUAUUUUUUUGCUUCUAGGCUCGUGAUGACCUUAGAUUUUGUUUUAACUUUUAAUGUAAACAAGAAUACAAGCUAGUUAUCAUGUAAGUUCUGCUACUAACAUGACGAGAAAUCAUAUUUGUGCUUCUAAAGUUUAGCAAAAUGUGAUAUUGUCUUUGACCUGUUGUUGAUGUUAA